AUGAAGUGUGAUCCUGCUGCAUCAUUCUCGUCGGAAGCUGGUGAAGAAAGCAUUGAACCGGAAAGCCCUUCUGGAAAAACAAGCUCAACCUCACGUAUCACGACGCAGAGCGGCGGUGCAGGUGACGAAGACAGUUCGGAGCAUAUGUCGGCUUUGACCGAAUCCACGUCCAGCGUGAACACGUUUGUGUCUGUGUCGAGCAGGAUAAGAGACGAUAACAACUGCAGCAGUCUUAUCUCGGUAGCAUCAUAUCAUACCGCACCUACUGUCCAGAAUAAUGCUUCCAACGAACAGCCCGCUGUUGAAGAGUCAAUUGCUAUACAUUCUCCAAAGAGAGACCCAGAGAUCGCCUCUUUCAAAAGCGCAAAGGCUGGAACAUCAAAUCGCUACCAACCAUUACUAUGGGUCAUCUCAUGGCUCACAAUACUUGUCCUGCUCUGCACGUUCAUAGGGAAGAAUCAUGAUCCGUUUGCAGCCCCAACGCUAUCGGGAGAGAAACAGGACAAGACAAAGCGGAUGGUUGAAGCGAAUGCAACCUCGUGGGUGACCUUCCGCCACAACGCCACGUUCGCCUUCAGCAUUCAAUGGCCUCACAACAGCAUCCUGAAUGUGACAGCUUCGAACGCGACGGGAUCCAAUACGAGGAGUCUCGUGGAGCGAGACCGUGUGACACCCAUCGCCUGGAGAGCUGACAGUACUGAGACAUGGAAUCCUAUGCUUUACAUCGAGCAUCUCAUGGGUGACCUUGAACACAUCACUCACAGCGGAACACAGAGUCAACCUUACUACCGUCUGUCCGCAACCCAGCGUGAAAGAUGUAAAAGAGUCAUCAACUUCCGCAAGCUCGGUGAAGCAUUCGACUUCGCCCUCUACUGCAAUGCCAACGAUCUCGAAUCGUACAGAUGCUUCCGUGCCUUCAAACAAACUGCCGCCAACCGCGUCUUCCGCUAG